AUGAGCAGCAGCAAGACUCCCCACAGCAGCAGCAAGCAGCACAGGCACCCCGCAGCAGCAGCACCGCAGCACAGCCGGAGCAGCAGCAACCACACAGCAGCAGCCGCACAGCCGCAGUCGCAGCAGCACAGCAGCAGCUGCAGAGCAACAGCAGCAGCCGCAGCAGCCGCAGAGCAGCAGCAGCACAGCAGCAGCAGCAGCAGCGCGUCGAACCAGCCUGCACUGUAUGUACACCUCCUCGAAGUCCCGCUGCUGCAGCUUGCAUGCAGCCAAGUUCAAAUGGGCCGGCAGCUUCGCCUGGCUGAAGAGAACUUCUUCUUCUGCUGUCGAAGGAAAGGUGUAGUCCAGCUGCAGCAGCGCCUGCGCAGCAGCAGCAGCAGCAGCAGCAGCAGAAGCGGCAGGGUGGGGGGCUCGCGGCGGGGGAGCCGGCGCAAGAAAUUGAGGUGUACAGCAGCAGCAGCAGCAGCAGCUGCUGCUGCUGCUGCUCUUGCUGCUCCUGCUGCCGUUCGGCAGAUGAAGAGCCCAGGGGGCCACUCAGGCACCGACGCAGCAGCAGCAGCAGCAGCAACAGCAGCAGCAGAAGCGUUGACUGCAGCAGCAGAACCAAGGCAGCAGCUGCAGCAGUGGCAGAAGCAGCCCUUGCUUCCUCUAUUUGAUUAA